AAAAAAAAAAAAACUGUAUUUUAUACGAUUUGACCACAUGUUUCAAGCCCAAACAAAUAAAAAGACCGCCUUUUCUAUCUUGCCCUCUCUCUCUCUCUCUCUUUCUCGCCUUAUUAUAAACAGUAAAGAAUAAUGCCGCAUAUCAUACUAGACGAUGAUGGAGAAGAUACUCAAACGUAUAGCACUAAUGUGUCAGAUAUACUUGACCAUACGCACCAUUACCCAUACACUGCGCCAUCCAUCAGUUCCUCAGCAUCCGAUUCGAUAUCAUCCACACCACCACAACAAGCUUCAACUGUGGCUAAAACCAGAGAAGAGGUCAUGAAAGAAAUACAAAAUACCAUUGAACAAAUGGUUACUUGUAUUGCAUUAGGUGAACCCAUUCGGCUCGUUUUAAACCGUCGAAAGGGCAAUAACAACAGUGGCGAUACGCAGAAUGAUGACAUGAGUGAGAAUAAAAAAACAAGAACGUUAUCUCUUACAUCUGGAGAUUCUGCAAAGGCGUUUGCACGCUAUCUAUCAGUACUGCAAAUGAUUUAUGAAGCCAUUGCAUAUAAAAUUAUGGUUACAAAAAGAGACAUGUUUUAUAGAAACGUAUCUCUAUUUGGAACCCAAACCGUUCUGGAUUCGAUUGUGGACGAUAUUUCCUGUCAUUACAAUGUGCCAAGAUCUUCUUUAAAUGUGAGUGCUGCCUCAAAGGGAUUAAUUUAUGGUCCGAUUAUCAUCAAACUCAAAAACAACAAAAGACUGGAUUGCAUGAGUACUCCUACAGACCAAGAUGGAUGUCAUGACGAGCAGGGCAUAUUAAUUCCACCCAUAAGUCAAGUAACUCAAGUACAAUGCAUGGCAAAGUGUAUGAUUGUCAUCGAAAAAGAAGCUACAUUUCGGUAUCUUGUAUCUGCUGGAUUUUGCCAAUCGUUACCAGAAAGUUGUAUUCUAAUUACAGGAAAAGGUUAUCCAGAUUUAUCUACAAGACAAUUCGUCAAGUACUUUUCGAUUCAUUAUAGCAAAUUACCUAUAUUUGCAUUGAUGGAUAAUGAUCCUCAUGGUCUUGAUAUUUAUGCCACUUAUAAAUGGGGUGCAAAAGCAUUUGCUUUUGAUGUUUUUAAUUUAGCAGUCAAUGAGAUUGAAUUAAUUGGGUUAACUUGUCAAGAUAGAAAGGAUUUUAACAUAGGUACAGAGUGCUAUAUCCCAAUGACCGAGCGAGAUAAAGCCAAAUUGUCAAGUAUGGUUCGUACCUGUAGUUUAGAUGAAACACCGGGUCUAUCUCAGCUUCGUGACCGAGGCUGGAGCAAAGAGAUCGAAAAGCAGCUUGCUUCGAAAGGACAUCAGAGCUACAUUAACGAAGUGAAUAAGUUGAUUCGAUCUGAUUAUAAGCUUGAACUACAAGCAUUAAAUAAUAAUGGUCCCUUUGGAUUAACAAAUUAUCUUAGCACAAAGCUUGCAAAUUGUAAAUUAUGAAUAUAAAGGUUGAUUUUUGAUGCACGUAGUAUUUGCACGUAGUGCUUCUUCUUUUGCACGUAGUGAUUCGUUUGCCGAUACGAAUUGGCAUAAAAAUUGUCCCUAUUCUUUCUUUUUAAUGAUUGGAGACUGCAUCAGAAAAAUAACCGAUGACAGGGAAGACAAAGGUGCUAUUCUCAAGAUAGGAGUCUAUUCUCCUUGGUGAGAAGUGUCGAAUAGGGACACUAAUUAGAAUAAAACCUG